AUGGAACCAGGGAAUAUUACAAGAGUUUCAGAAUUUCUUCUCCUGGGACUUUCAGAGGAGCCAGAACUGCAGCCCCUCAUCUUUGGGCUUUUCCUCUCCAUGUACCUGAUCACUGUGUUGGGAAACCUGCUCAUCAUCCUGACGGUCAGCUCAGACCCCCACCUCCACACGCCCAUGUACUUUUUCCUCUCCAACCUGUCUUUUGUGGACAUCUGUUUCACCUCUACCACCAUCCCCAAGAUGCUGGUGAACAUCCAGACACAGAGCAAAGUCAUAACCUAUGAAGGCUGCAUCACACAGAUGUAUUUUUUCACACUAUUUGCAGGAUUGGACGUCUAUCUCCUGACUGUGAUGGCCUAUGACCGCUUUGUGGCCAUCUGUCACCCCCUGCACUACACGGUCAUCAUGCACCCCCGGCUCUGUGGACUACUGGUUCUGGUGUCCUGGAUCAUGUGUGUCCUGAAUGCCUUGUUACAAAGCUUAAUGGUGCUGAGACUGUCCUGUACAGACUUGGAAAUCCCCCACUUUUUCUGUGAACUC